AUGUCUCACGUCCUCGACCUCUUCUCUCUCAACGGCCGCACAGCUCUGAUAACAGGCGCAACACGAGGAAUUGGACAAUCUCUCGCCAUAGCACUCGCAGAAGCCGGCGCCGAUGUCGUCCUCAUUCAGCGAGAUACUUCUAAUACAGCCACCAAACUUGCCAUUGAAGCUCUCGGCCGAAAAGCGAGCAUCUACGUCGCGGAUCUGUCUUCUGCGGCAGAUAUAGGAGGUCUAACGAAGCGAGUCUUGGACGAUGGCCACGACAUUAGCAUCCUGAUCAACUGCGGUGGCAUUCAGCGGAGGCAUCCUGCGGAGGUCUUUCCGGAUAGUGAUUGGAAUGAGGUGCUGCAGGUCAAUCUGAACACGGUCUUUACGCUCUGCAGGGAUGUUGGAGCGUAUAUGCUGACGCGAGAGGGACCACAUCGCGGCUCGAUUGUGAAUAUUGCUUCGCUGGUCUCGUUCCAGGGCGGACUGAAUGUGCCUGCGUAUGCGAGCGCCAAAGGUGGCGUGGCGCAGUUGACCAAGGCGCUCUCCAAUCAAUGGGCGGGGAAUGGUAUCAACGUGAAUGCUAUCGCUCCGGGUUACAUCCACACAGAUAUGAAUGAGGCCUUGAUCAAGGAUGAGAAGCGUGCGGCCAGCAUCCUUGAGCGUAUCCCAGCGAACAGAUGGGGAGUGCCGGAUGAUUUCAAGGGAUCGGUGGUAUACCUUGCCAGUAAGGCUAGUUUAUACGUGUCGGGCGAGAUCUUGACGGUUGAUGGAGGAUGGAUGGGCAGGUGA